AACAAUAAAAUUGUAAAGAUUAUCAUAUUCAUAAAUUUCUCUAACAUUACUGCGAUAUAAUUUUGAUACAUAGUUAUUAUAUAAAUGUAAUCUUAGAGAUCGACUAGAUAUUAUCAUCAGUGUAUCGUAGGAAUCAACAUGGUUGUGUACAAGUGUAUUCUCUGUUUAAUAAGUAUUACCACAGCAGCGAACGUAUACUGUAAAACGACGUAUCAAGAAAUCAAUGAGACAAGUCUGAGCCAAGCAAAGAGUACGUUGAGGAGUUUCCCGUCAAAUUUCCUCUUUGGUACUGCAACAUCGGCUUACCAGAUCGAAGGAGCUUGGAACGAAGGCGGUAAAGGAUGGUCAAUGUGGGAUCACUUGGUGCGAACUGCACCAGAUUUUAUAUCUGACAAUACAACUGGUGAUGUAGCAGCCAACUCCUACUAUUUGUACAAACGCGACGUAGAAAUACUCAAAGACCUGGGAGUAGAUAUCUACAGGUUCUCGAUAUCAUGGCCUAGAAUACUGCCUUAUGGCCGACCAGACUACGUUAAUCCAGAAGGAGUAGCGUACUACAACAAUUUGAUCAAUGAACUGCUAGCCAAUGACAUAACACCGUUUGUAACUAUCUAUCAUUGGGAUUUGCCACAAAAUUUAAAUGAGCAAGGCGGAUGGUUGACUGAAGAUAUAGUAGACUGGUUCGGAGAUUAUUCCCGAGUGUUAUUUCAACAGUUCGGUGAUAGAGUAAAACAUUGGAUGACAGUGAAUGAGCUGUACGUCCACUGUUACAUGAGUUACGGCCUUGGAUGGCAUGCACCAAGAAUAAUUUCACCAGGACAAAGUUUCUACGAAUGCGGCCGACAUGCACUUCUUUCGCACGCAAGAGCCUUCCACAUAUACGAUACAGAGUUCAGAGCUUCUCAGGGUGGUCAAAUUGGAAUAGUUUUGGAUGCUGAGAUGUAUUUACCUAGUACUGAUUCUGAGGAUGAUAUUCAGGCAGCUAAGGAUAUGUUAGAUUUCACAUUCGGACAAUACAUGGACCCAAUAUACUCUGAGAACGGGAACUACCCUCAAAGAUUCAUUGACUUAGUCGCCGAAGCAAGCGCGAGACAGGGCCUCUCUGAAUCAAGACUGCGACCGUUUAGUCAAGAACAGAUAGACUACUUGAAAGGAAGUGCUGAUUUCCUAGGAUUAAACCACUAUACUACUAGUUAUGUGUACAGAAAUUCUUCUGUCAUGGGUAUGCACCCUGUACCAUCUUAUAUGGAUGAUGUUCAGGCUGCGACUUACAAAGACACUUCGUUGCCGGUAGCAGCUGGUGGCUGGAUAAGGAUAUAUGGACCAGGACUAUAUAAGGCUUUAGUAUACAUUAAGGAUAAUUACAACAAUCCACCGAUUUACAUCGCGGAAAAUGGGUUUGCAACUCACAUGGGUCUGAACGACGAUGAUCGGGUAGAAUACUACAGAAGCUACUUGACUGGAGUCUUGGAUGCCAUUGAUGAAGGAGUGGAUGUUAGAGCAUACUGCGCUUGGAGUCUGAUGGACAAUUUCGAGUGGGCUCUGGGUUAUAGUGUAAGAUUUGGAUUAUAUGAAAUCGACCAGAAUGAUCCAGAGAAAGUCAGAAGACCACGUAAGUCAGCGCUAGUAUACAAGGAGAUCAUCAGGAGUAGAGCGAUAGAUCCAGAAUAUAAUCCUGACCCAUACGAGACCGACGGAAGCUACGUCAUCCAAACCUCCUUCCUAUUAGUUAUAACUCUAGCUGUAAUUAAUGUUGUAUUAUAGAAUAAAUAAGCUAAGAGGA